AUGGAACCGAUCGAGCGGGUGCAGGGCUACAGGGAAACGGUCGAACGGAUCGAAAGCACAAGGGCGAUUUUGUCCCUGGUCGAUGCUUUCGAGGGCAUGGCGGCCAAGCACAGCUUCGAGCCCGAGCGUCUCGCGCCAGCGACGAAGGACCCCAGCCUGACGCUCGAGCAGAUGGGCGCGAAGGUGGAGGCCCUUGAGCAGCUGCAGUCGAGCCUUCUCCCCUGCAUCCGAGACCAGCUGGCUGCGCUCGUCGGCUCGCUCGACCUCAUCGAUCCCAAGAAGACCGACACCCCGCGCACCGAGCCAACGCGCGAGCUCCUCUCCGGCCUCGACAAGACUCUGGAGAGUACCGUGGCCGCCGUCGUCUGUCUGACGCUCCACUCACCUCUGCCCGACGAGAAACACGACCACGGCCUCGAGAGAUUGAAGGUGUUUCGAUGCGCCCAUCUGCGAGAGAAAAUCCAGCUGGUAGUCAGCGCCAUCAUCUGUGAACGCUUGUUCCGGGAUGACAUCCCGAGCUUCAUCCGAUGGUGCGCUAUGGCCAAUAUCCUUGACGAGUAUCACCCGAUCUCGACGGAGGGGUCCGAUUUGAGGAAAGGGAUCCAGAUCACCAUGGCCUAUCCGCCGCGUAUACUCGACCAAACCAUUGCGUGGUGCCGGAAAUCAGACUGGGCUCUCGUCCAUGAAGCUUGGCUAAAAGCGGCCGAGUCAACUGACGAGGUCCUCGAGACAUUCGUCCACAUAGUCCACCCCAUGAUCCAAUCACCCUCGCAAGCCGAUGAUCCUCCGCCAAGCGCCGAUGACGGCCAGAGAGACCCCAGCAGAAGGCUGAUUGCCGAGCCAGUCAAGUCCGCCAUACCGCUGACCAAGCUCGCAAGGAUCUUGCUCAAGAAAACCUCGGCCGAGCUGGCGAAGAAGCGGCUCUCGUCGGCCUCGGGCGCGACGGUCGAGCUGACCUCGGAGACGAUGGCCCGGCUAUACGAGGCGCCCCAGGCGGUCUUCAGGCUCCAGCACCUGGCCAGCCUCUUGUCCGUCCUGGAUCGCCCCGCCGGAGCUGUUGAGCACCGCGCGAACAUCCGCAUGGCCCUCCAGACAGUCCCGGAAGCAAUGGCCGCCGCCCUCGCCGCUCUUGACGCCUGUCUGCUGCCCCUCCUCGGCCCGACCGCACAACGCUCGUCCGACACGUACCCAUCCUCUUUCCUUCCUCUCUUCAAACAGUCCUGGGAGACGGCUAGCGACCAUUCCGGCAGCCUGAUCUUGUCCUUCGAAGCCGCGCAACUAGCCAUUCAAUGA